AUGGCUACUGCUAGAACCUUGAAGGACGUCUCACCCCAUGAGUUUGUCAAGGCAUAUGCCACACACCUCAAGCGUUCUGGCAAGAUGGAGCUUCCCGAGUGGAUCGAUAUUGUGAAAACUGGAGUACUUAUAGAACUUGCUCCGUAUGAUCCUGAUUGGGGAGGUCUUCGUGUCGGUGUCUUCCGAAGAAUUUACGAUGGGAGUAAGAGGAAUGGAGUCGUCCACCCCAUUUCGGCAAAAGCAGUGGGUCCGUUGCUUCUUCACCAAUUGCAGAACAUGAACAUUAUAGAUAUGGAACCAAGGGGUGGAAGAAGAAUCACAUACAGUUGGGGACGGGAUCUUGACCAAGUUGCUGGAAGGAUUGUUGUCGUUGCACCUUGA